AUGCAGCUCCCGGUGCCAGUGGCCGCACGCGGAGUCUUCGCCUCCGCCCCACUUCCGGGCAGAGAGACCACUGCCUCACCCCGGCUGACGCGCCCUUUGGCAGGACUUCCAGCCCUGUUCUGGUGGGCUCUGGCUGCAACUGCUCCUACGGCACGCUUCGGCGGGCAUAGUCGAACCAGAGGAGGUGUGAGAGCUGCACGGCGACUAGUGCACAGAGCAACGCAGGUCUUGGGCGCCGAGCUUCGAGCCACCUUCGAGAAAACAGCUCCGAACUGGGCAGAGGGCACCUCUCAUCUCGAGGCCCCUCGUGAAUUGCAGAACCGUCAUCGCUCUUUGGGAGCUUGA